UGUAUGACAGGCAGACUACAGCAUGCACUGACGAGCAAAUAUUUGUACAGUUUAUUUCAACCACGACGCUCGCCAAAGAGUCCGGUGAGAGAUGCCUUUUUUCCUCGUUAGCGCUACAUUCUGGAGCUCAAAUGUUAAUGUAAUAAUUUGAUGUGUCACGUGACCAACUAAUAGCUAAGAGGCAAAGGAUGCUCGGGGAGGAACCCUUUCAAUCAAUGGACAUGAAUGUGGCACGUGAAGAAAACUGGUCACAUCAAUCCGCAAUGGGAAAUAACGAAUAUAAUUCCGGGGACGGCGUUUUCGUCUUUGUAGCAGGCUUUUUAUAGUGCCUCGUGUGAGCGUGACUCUGGAGCCCAAACGCGAUGACGUCACUGGUUUGUUCGGCAAAGUCGUGCUAAGAGUGGCAGAACAAGUCCUGUCAUGAAUAACAGAGACUACCAGCAAAUCGACUCAGGGGCACCUGGGACUCAUGCGGCCACCUCGGUGGGACACCAUCCCCAACCCCAGAAUGGAAAGCAGCACCACGUGGAGGACCGCAGCAGCGAGCUUCUGAGAAGACCCAGGAGGAGGUGGGAGGUCUUACCUGGGAAGAACCGCUUUUUCUGUGAUGGACGCCUCAUAACGGCCGGUCAGAGCGGUAUGCUGCCCCUAACCCUGGGCCUCAUUCUUGUCACCAGUGGAUUAUUCUUCAUAUUCGACUGUCCUUUUCUGGUCAAACACCUGACGGGCUGCAUUCCCGCCAUCGGAGGAGUCCUCUUUGUGUUCGUGCUGGUCACGCUGCUUCAGACCACUUUUUCAGACCCCGGCAUCCUCCCUCGAGCGACGACGGCUGAGGCAAUCGACAUCGAGAAGCAGAUCGACGACAUGGGGAGAACCAGCUACCGCCCCCCGCCGCGCACCAAGGAGAUCCUCAUCAACCAGCAGGUGGUCAAGCUCAAGUACUGCUUCACCUGCAAGAUGUUCCGGCCUCCGCGCACCUCCCACUGCAGCCUGUGCGACAACUGCGUGGAGCGAUUUGACCAUCACUGUCCCUGGGUGGGCAACUGCGUGGGCAAGCGCAACUACCGAUUCUUCUACGCCUUUAUCGUGUCACUGUCGUUUCUGACAGCCUUCAUCUUUGGUUGUGUGGCUACACAUCUGACCAUGAGAGCUCAGGAUGGGCAAAGCCUGCUUUACGCCCUCCAAGAGAGUCCUGGUAGUGCCGUGGAGCUUGUGAUUUGUUUCUUCUCAGUCUGGUGCAUCUUAGGCCUCUCAGGCUUCCACACGUACCUCGUCGCAGUCAACCUCACAACAAAUGAAGACAUUAAAGGUACUUGGUCAGGGAAGAGAGACACAGACGUCACCAACCCUUACAGUCACAGAAACAUCUUCGUCAACUGUUGCGCUGUACUCUGCGGACCAAUGCCACCCAGUUUGAUCAACAGACGAGGCCUCCUCCGCACGGACGAACCCGCUCAGACCGACACGGACAUCGAACUGACCACCUCAACCCGAAUUAAUGUGCCCAAACACGUAUCUAAAGGUCUGUCAGAGUCCACCGCUCACACGCCGCUGCUGUCCACUCAGUGUCCUCAGGGGAAGUCGCAGUCAGUCUUGGACCCGGCGAAGAAUCCCAACCCCACGGUGAACACCUCAAAGUGCGAAACGGACAGGAGUGCCGGCUCGCCACCUCGCAAUACCUCCCACGCGCUCCCCGCCCAGACCAAAGCCAAGAAAACAAAAAAGGCCACGGCCAAACUUACCUCUGCCGUCCACGCUUCACGCCACGGCCAAAGGGAGGAGCCUUAAAGGUGCCGGCUCCUUCCUCCUUUCACCUCAAUGAAACAUAACUUUAUGAUUUCAUGGAAAUUUACUUUACCUGCGAAAGCAAUUAUGUAACAACUCAAUUUGUUUCUGAAACAGACGGGGGGCCGUGUGUACGCUGUACAGCGUUGAUACAGACACAGUAAAGGUACACUUUUUACUGAUUUAUUUAUUUGUUUGCAAAAUGUUUUUGUUGUUGUAGAAUUCCCAUUUUUACUGGUAUGUGUCCUUUUUUUUUAUUUCUGCACGGGCAGAUAAAAGCUUGACUUGUGUCCAUGUAAAACAUCAAUUUGUAACAAUCCAGCCUGCAAGGCAGACGCGACAAACCAACUCAGAAUGCCUUUCUAAAGAGAAGCAUGUCGUGCUGUAUUUAUGUGAAAAUGUGAAGACUAUUAAACAAUCAAAAGCUGUG